AUGCCCAGCAAGGACUUGCCGCCCGAGACCUGGAAGGCGUGGUGGGUGGUCGGCGUCAUUUUCCCGGCGCACCUUGUCCUCGGCAUCCUCAGCCUCCCGCUGCUCGCGUAUCACCUCUAUCACCUCUCUCCGUGGACGUGGGCGCUCGUCUGCGUCUACCUUCCAUUCUACCUGUACCCGGCGGAGAAGCGCUAUCCCGGCUGGAAGGGCUUCGACGCGCUGUGGAACUUUUUUGACUACGAGUCGACCUGUCAGUCCUACUUUGGGGAGUUUGGCGUCCAUGGCGGCGCAAAGGUGGAUCCGGACGGGCAAUACUUUGUCGCCGCGCACCCGCACGGCACCGUCAUCUUCCAGCGUACCUAUUGGCGCUCGGAGCGGCUCGCCCGCUUCUUCCGGCGGCCGUGGCGCAUGCUCGGCGCGUCGGUCCUCUUCCGCAUCCCGCUCGUGCGCGAGAUGACGCUCUGGUUCGGCGCGGUGGACGCCGGAAGAUCCAACUGCGAGCGGCUGCUGCGCGCCGGCGCGACGGUGGUGGUCUGGCCGGGCGGGCUCGACGAGGCCAACUCGGUCGACGAGCCGCGCGGCGUGGUGCGGCUGCGGACGAGGACCGGCUUCAUCCGGCUCGCGGUCCGGUCUGGUGUGCCGGUCCUGCCGAUGUUUGUCUUUGGAGAGCUGGACGCGGUGGAGGCGGUGCGGCUGCUGCCGCGGCCGCUCGCCUCGUGGCUCAAGCGCACCCUGCGCGCCUCGUCCAACGGCUUCGUCGGGCGGUACGGCACGCCCGUACCACGGCGCGUGCCCUUCAAUCUGGUCAUCGGCGACCCGAUCGCCACCGCCGCCGCGCCCUCCGCCGCCGCCACGGACGCCGAGGUUGCCCGCGUGCACUCCCUCUACCGCGCCGAGCUGUCUCGCAUCUAUCACGAGCACCGCGACGCGUUCGGCUACGGCGGGCGCGAGCUCGUUUUUGCCAACGAGGACUUGGCGGCUGGGUAG